AUGCCAUCCGAAGAGCCCAUACCCAAUCUUGGUAGCUCUCCUCAAAGCUCACAUUCAGAACAUGAAGGCAGCCAUGAAGAGAACAUCACAGAUGAUGGUCAGGAUGUCGAAGUUUCAGUUUUCUUCACAAUUUAUGUCAACAUGCCACCAAGACAAGGGCGACGUGGUAUGGUCCGGGUUCCACCAAGAUGCUUCAAACAUCACAAAGGAUGCUCGAUUCAACUGCAUAGCCGAUCGGCCACCCUCGAUGAAGUCCAACACAAAAUUUCCGACAUUUUGAAUGCCCGGUGUGGAAAUCUCGGGAACAUGGUUUUGGCUGACUUUGAAUCCGAAUCUCCAAAGAUCACGUGGAAGGUCUAUGUUUCCAACGGUGCCUCGGGUCUUUUUAGUCAAAGGAACAACAUGAUACUCACUCCUGGAAUCUUCGAAGAGUGGAAAGAUGAGAUUCGGCACAGUCGACGUGGCCAAGCUAAGAUUUCAAUACAGCAGCCCAAACCAAGCCAAGAGUCAACAGCGGAUGAGGAAGCUGCAGUUGAACGGGCACUUCAAGAGAUGCAUGGUGCCAACGGAGGUCCCAAUGAAAACCGAGAUCAACCAGGCAACAUCACCGAAUCAAACGAAAGACAAGAAACUCCUCCGUUGAAUGAUUUUGCUCUGUCGGCGACUAUCCGUGAGCUGUACAAUAUCCAUCGUUGA